AAGGGUUGGCGGGGACACCCAGGACUGAGGAAAUAAACAAGGGGAGCGCCACCACAGAAGUGGAGGGUAAUGCUGCUGGGAAUCAACCCCCUCAGACUUUCCACUGCGAAGCGAAACUGUGAGCCCUGGGGUGUGUGUGGGGGGGCAACGGGGAGGGGAAGUGGGGAAGGUGGAGGGAAGGCAGAAGGACAGGGGCGAGGGCCCUAGGAGCAGCAGAACUGCCUCCCAGCUCAAGACAGCCACCUGGCCUCCACUCUGCUCUCUGCCACUGCCUUGCCCCAUUCACUGGGACACCCCCACCCCCUCCCCUAACUCCUGCUGACCAAUCUGGCCGGCUUGCCUCUGGAUUCCAGUCUCUGGUACAUUGGUUCUUGCCCCUACCUCCAGGCUUCUGUCCCUGUCCCUCUUCUAGAUUCCCUUCUUCCACCCGGUAUCUUUGCAGAACCCCUCUUUUGUCCAUCUGUCCCUCCCUUCUUUCUGACCUCUUCCCUUUGGGGGGCUCAGCGUGGCCCAGGCCUAAGGGGAGAUGUGGGAGGCUCAGUUCCUGGUUCUGCUGCUUCUGCAGCUGCAGCGGGUGGCUCCAGUGGAGGCUCCAGGGUCUGAGACAGAGGUCUCUGUGGUGUGGGCCCAGGAGGGGGCUCCUGCCCAGCUCCCCUGCAGCCCCACAAUCCCCCUCCAGGAUGUCAGCCUUCUGAGAACAGCAGGGGUCACUUGGCACCAUCUACCAGACAGUGGCCCGCCGGCUCCCGCGCCCAGCCUGCGCCCCGCGGCGCCCUCCGCCCAGGGCCCGGGGCCGCGCCGCUACGUGGUGCUGAUGCAGGCUCCCGGCGGCCUGCGCAGCGGGAGGCCGCCCCUGCAGCCCCGCGUGCAGCUGGAAGAGCGCGGCCUCCAGCGCGGGGACUUCUCGCUGUGGCUGCGCCCGGCCCGACGCGCCGACGCCGGCGAGUACCGCGCUGCGGUGCACCUCCGGGACCGCUCCCUCGCCUGCCGCCUCCGUCUGCGCGUGGGCCAGGCCUCCAGUAGCAGUGACUGCCAGCCCCCAGGGUCUCUCCGGAUCUCCGACUGGGUCAUCUUGAACUGCUCCUUCAGCCGCCCUGACCUGCCAGCCUCUGUGCACUGGUUCCGAGGCAGAGUCCCUGUCCAGGAGUCCCCCCAUCACCACUUAGCUGGAAGCCUCCUCUUCCUGCCCCAAGUGAGCCCCUUGGACUCUGGGCCGUGGGGCUGCCUCCUCACCUACAGAGAUGGCUUCAAUGUCUCCAUUACAUACAACCUCACUGUUCUGGGUCUGGAGCCCUCAGUGCCUCUGACUGUGUAUGCUGGAGCAGGUUCCAGGGUGGAGCUGCCCUGCCACCUGCCUCCCGGUUUGGGGACCCAGUCUUCUCUCACUGCCAAGUGGGCCCCUCCUGGUGGAGGCCCCGACCUCCUGGUGGCUGGAGACAAUGGCAACUUUACCCUUCCACUGGAGGCUGUGAGCCAGGCCCAGGCUGGGACCUACACCUGCCACGUCCAUCUGCAGGGGCAGCAGCUCAGUGUCACUGUCACCUUGGCAGUCAUCACAGUGACUCCCAAGUCCUCUGGGUUACCUGGCAACCCGAGAAAACUGCUUUGUGAGGUGACUCCAGCAUCCGGACAAGAGCGUUUUGUGUGGAGCCCCCUGGAUAAGCCGUCUUGGGGAAGUUCCCCAGGACCCUGGCUGGAGUUGCAGCAGGCCAGACUCGUUUCUCAGCCCUGGCAGUGCCACGUGUACCAGGGGGAGAGGCUUCUCGGGACAGCGGUAUCCUUCGCUGAGCCGUCUGGCCCAGGUGCCCAACACUCUGGGAGGGGCUCAGGUCCCCUGAAGACAGGCCAGCUCCCUCUGUUUCUCAUCCUUGGUAUCCUGUUUCUGCUCCUUUUGAUGACUGGAGCCUUUGGCUUUCACUUUUGGAGAAGACAGUGGCGUCCAAGAAGAUUCUCUGCCUUGGAGCAUGAGAUUCACCCACCUCAGACCCAGAGCAAGAUAGGGGAGCUGGAGCCAGAACCGGAACUGGAACCGGAGCCCGAGCCGGAGACCGAGCCGGAGCCCGAGCAGCUCUGACCUGGAGCUGAGGCAGCCAGAUCUCCACAACUCAGUCUAAAUAAACUCCCUGUCAGCAGCAA